AUGGCGACCUCCAUCGAUCUCCCCGAAAAGAUGAAAGCCCUCGUCCUUCGUUCUACCCACGAGCCUCCCUCGGUUGAAACGAUUCCUACGCCUCAGCCUACAGUUGGCAGUGCCAUUGUUCGUGUACUUGUCGCCAAUACGAUCAGCUACAUGCGUGAUAUUUACAAUGGCAAACGGAGAUAUCCGUUUCCUACGCCUCUGGUCACGGGGACAUCGUUCAUCGGACGUGUGGCUGCCGUUGGGCCAGAUGCUACCAAAAUCAAGCCGGGCGAUCUGGUAGUCGUUGAUAUCAUGAUCCGGUCGCGCGAUGAGCCGACGGAUGCCUUUCUUGCUGGCGUUAUUCAAGGAUUCACAGAAGGAUCCGCGAAACUCAUGAGAGACGUGUACAGAGACUGGUCCUAUGCGGAGUACUGCCGUGCCCCGCUGGAGAAUCUGACACUGCUCAACGAGAGGCGGUUGACAGGUGCUAAGCAGGACGGCGGUCUAGGGUACAGCCUCUCCCAGCUGGCUGUCUCCUCUGCACACAUGGUGCCUUAUGGAGGCUUGAGGGACAUCGGGCUUCAAGCUGGGCAGACAGUCGUCAUCGCUCCGGCCACUGGCGCAUUCGGAGGUGCGGCAGUGAAUGUAGCUCUGGCAAUGGGUGCUCGUGUCAUCGCAAUGGGUCGCAGCAAGGACUCGCUCGCCUUCCUGAAGUCCAAGAUCCCGCAUCCGGAACGUGUCGAAACAGUCCCGAUUACUGGAGACAUGAUGGCCGACUGCAAAGAGCUCAAGAAGUACGGCCCGAUCGAUGCUUACUUCGACAUCGGCCCUCCGGAAGCUCAUGCGAGCACUCAUAUCAAGUCCUGUAUCAUCGCUUUGCGUCAUGGCGCACGUAUCAGCAUCAUGGGCGGGUAUCGAGAAGACAUCGCGAUCCCGCAUUCAUUCAUUAUGCAUUCCAACAUUAGGAUUUAUGGUAAGUGGAUGUACGAACGGCAGGACAUUUACGAUCUGUUCAAGCUGGUUGAGAGCGGGUUGCUUGAUCUUAGUGUUGCUGAAGUCACUGGCGAAUAUCCCCUGGAGGAGUGGAAGGCUGCGUGGGACGAUGCGGCGGAGAACGCGAGGUUUGGACAGAUCGCUCUGAUCAAGCCUUGA